AUGGCUGCGAGUAACAACAACAAUUGUGAAUCAUGUCGCUCCAAGAAAAAGAAGUUAAAGCCUGAGAAAAAACCCAGGGACGCGGUUGGGGAGUUGCAUGCCUACUGCCGAAAACUGAGAUGCAAAAUUCCUACUUACACCUCUAAAGACCAUGAAACGAUUCUAACUCUAUCUGGAUCUUAUCUUUUUAGCAAGAGCCCAGACUUCAUACCAAAGGCUAAGGCCAAGACCAGGCUUGAAGCAAAGCAGGACGUGGCAAAACAAGCGUUGAGAUGGAUACAACACAACGAUCCUCCGUCAUUUCACUGGAAAGACCGUGAUGCAGAAAAUACCCUCACAGAUCUCAUCGCAGAAUUGGCCGAAAGUAUCUACGAAAGUAGUCCUAGUUCAGAAGUCAAGAAGGUCGUGAUUUAUUUGGAAGGCGUGGCAAUCGCUAAAUUCCAGGCUCGUCUGGAGACCAAAGCAGUACCUAGGUCGAGCAUUGCGACACCUGAAUAUCGACAAGCUCUCGACGUUUGUCGCCUUCCGCAGGUGGCAGCCAUAGGGAUGACCAUAGUGUCUGAUGCAGAAGAUAAAGGCCAUCGUCUCGCUGCCCUGAGUGAAAGAAAUUCCGUUUCCUACCAAGAGAAAGCGACACUGAAAGAAUCAGUCGCCAAAUCAGCAUACGGAUUUGAUACAUCUGCGCCUGCACAUGCGCAUAGGAGAGCCCCAUUCGAAAUUCUACCACGUCACGCGAACGAUACAGAGCUGGCUCGAUGGCUCGAUAAUUUUUCUGAGCUUUACGACAAAUAUCGCAAUGACCAUGCGAGGUUGCGUUUUAUUUCGGCUGUUCUAUCCGCAACUGGUGAUUCUUUUGUCACCAAACUGCAUGAAUUGAGUACAGAAUCUCCCUUGAAGGGUAUCAGCCUCUUAGAGUUCAUCUUGCAAAGAUACAGUCCAGAGAUCAUCAAAAGUCUUUCGACUCGUGGUCAAGUGAACAAUAUCUCUCCUGAAUGUAGGCUUGCACAUAUUCUGGACAUGAGUGAAAGCGGGCUAUUGCCUACAUUCAGCACUGUUGUCAAGGAGCUGGGGGACAAGGCGGAAACACAUCUUCAACAUUUCCUACAAUGGCACAAAAACGGAAUGCUCAAUACCGUGUUGACUCUUUCGGUUUUCGUCGGGAACAGAACUCCGGAAUUCAUCAAAAGAUUAUUGGACUUAGAGAGCACAAAGCUACUGCCUCUUAUAGAUGCAGUAAUCGCUGAAACCAAUGGAGAGCCCGUACCACUGUUGCAAUGCUUCUUACGCUGGAAUAAAAACGAUGUCGCUGAGAGACUGUUAGAUUUCGAGGCUCAUAACGAAGGAAAUGCGAUGAGUCUUGUCGAAGCAGCCUUGGAAUUCGGAAAACUGGGUGUUUUACCAUAUGUCAAGAACCUCCUCACUGAAUCUCGAUUUGAUGGCACGCCAUAUCACUUUUUCCGUCAACUUUGCAAGUGGCAAACCAACAAGUCACUCCAUCAGCUAUGUAACAUUGAUCGAGCAACAGCAGGCAAUACGCCUGAAUUUCUCAAUCUAGCUUUUAGGCAUACACAAUUCUGGACUGCUGAGACACGUCAUAGAAAACAGAGAAUUGAUUGGACAGCGACCAUACCAUUUCUUCGACACCAUGUUCAAAGUGUCGGGAUCGAUAGCAAACGGAGAAGCAAUUAUCGUGGCUCGAGAUGUACUUGGGAAUUUUACGAGAGAUGUAACGCCAAAUCUGAGACCAAGGCUCCUCAGCACAGCAGUCUCGUUAAAGCUGCCCGUCUAAGCCGAGGACAAGGAAAGGAAAGAUUCGAUAAACCUUCCAAAGGAAAACCUGGUAGUAGAGGACGUGGAUCAGCUUCGCAAGGCCCUUCUAGUCCAAGUUAA